AUGACCAGCCCCACACCCUGCCUCGCCUUGUGGUUGCUCCAUGGCCGGAGCUGGGUGCUGCGCUGGAGAUGGCAGGCUGGGGCCCCGGAGUGUUCACUCUGCUGGAUCCAGUACUCGGAGAGCCACGUGGCCCGGCGAUUCCUGUGCUCACAGCAGCUCUUCCGGAUGACAGGCAGGAGCCCCACCCAGGCCUAUGGCCCCACCAACUUUCCAGAACCAGGAGAAAGAGUGCCCAGCUUGCUGUUCUCAGACAGAGACAGAGAGCGCUGUGUGGGAGGGGCCCGCACAGGGCUCAGGCUGCGCUGUGGUUUUGCUGGUGACGGGAGAGCUCGCUGCCCCUGCGUCCCGGGCCUGGACCCCCGAGGGCGGCUUGUGCAGGUAGUGCUGCCGCUGCGCCAUGCUUCUGCCCCACACGUGGUAGAUGGUCAGACAGUGUUGGCUACACUGCACGACGUGAGCGUUCCUCCCUGUAAGGGAGGCCCGCAGGGCACAACGAGUGCUGGCAGGAACCCCUGGCAGGGCCCAGACUGUGCUCAGCGCUUCGAGGAUGGAUCUGUCACUGUCUGUGUGGAUGAGGGGCUGGGCGGCCUCCCAGGGCUCUUGCCCAGGGGCCUGGGCUCGGCGAAAAUGUGA